AGGCAUUUGUCGCUGAGCGUCAGAUUACCCGAGUCCGACGUGGUCCUACUGUUUCGAGCCCUCGAAAAGAACCGCACCAUCUCUGUCAUUGAAUUCCGUUCCAUCACCUUCCAGAAGAGAACCGCCAGAGCGCUAGGGCAAAUGGUCGAGCGCAACCGAAAGAUAAUCUUUCUCACCGUGGUUGUAGCAGAUAAUGACCCUGUGGUCGACUGCACGGUGCAGGUCCGCAGCAUCUGCCGCGAACUCAAGGAGGCGAUCCUUCGGAACCGCUUUCUGAUGAACGUAGUCGUGAGGAUUGGGCUUUCUGAGCGCUCCAAUGACCCCGUCAUCAGGGAUGCUCUAAGGAGCAACACGGUGCUCCUCAACCGAGCAGUCCGCUUCGUCAACGGCUCCAUGGAAAAGGUGGACGCACUUGCCUUCGACACCCUGCAGCACUGCGAAUCGGUGCCCCUAAGGCUGCUCAUGGAUCUCGAUAUCUGCCGCGAGUCUGCGCUCGAGAAGGUCGCUGAGGCGCGCCAGAGGCUCCUUUUCAACUACUUCGUCCUCGCAGGAGUCGUCGAAGCCGCAGUCGUGUGCGAACGGAAUCGCAAAGCCAAGAAGAAAAAGACGAUGCUAGACAUGAUCGGCCGACGCAUGCAGGCGCGCAUCUGCUCCUACCUUAGCUUGGCCGACGUCGUGGACUUUUGAGCGUCGACAGUUUUUUCUUCGAGCCGCAG